AUGACGAAUGCUGUGACAGUAACCAAGAUUAAGCUAAAGCUUGUGCGCAGGGACAGGCGUGUGAGUUGGGCUGAUGAUGUUGUAGAUAAUGAAGGACUUGGAAAGAUGAAGAGUAAUGUGUGUUGUAUAUUUUGCUCUAAAAACAAAGACAAGCAUAAAAACAAAUAUGAGAGGUCAUGA